GGGCGGUUAAGAAUACUGAUAACCAAAAACUAUCAUUGAAUAGGUAAAUAGGUCAUCUAUGGUUCAAUUUUGUUUUUUGCAACAACAAAAAAAAAUGACAGAAAAUUUAUCAGAUAAAAGGGAAGGCAACAGAGGUGAACUGGGAAAAAAACAUGGACAGUAAACGGAAUUUACUUCAAAAUCUUGGGGAGCUAGAAGUUUAUUUAUUACUACAAAAUGCUAAAUUGUUACAAUAUUUUGAUGCAUUCAUAAAUCAUGGUGGUGAUGACAUUCAACAAUUGAUUGAUUCAUUAAAUGAUCCUAAAGAAUUUGAUCAACUUAUUAAAAUUGUUGAAAUGGAUAAAAAACCAUUACAUGUUCAAAGAUUUAAAAAAGCACUUCUUCAAUAUUCAACACAAAAUAUCACAUCACAUCACAAUCAACAGCAUGUAACUAAAGAAUUUCAAUCAAAUAAUAUAUAUACUAAUCAAGAAGGAUCAAGUUUAAAUAUUGAUAAUAAUAAUAAUAAUAUGUUUACAAAUUCUAAUUGGUGUUCAUUAGUACCUUCAAUCUAUUCAGGAUUAAAUCUAUUUCCAAAUCAAUCAUCAUUAAUUAAUUCAUUAACUUCAACACAAUCUAUUCUAUCAAAUUAUUCACAGAAUUUCAAUCCUUUAUUUAAUCAAUGGGCAAUAUUGAAUAAUUCACAAAAUGCUCCAAUGUUUCAGUCAUUAGCUAUGGGUAUUUCAAAUCAACAACAUUUAAUAACACCAGUAGAAAGUGUUGAUAGAAAUGAUCAUAGUUUUAAAUUAUCUGAUUAUACUCACUCAUUGGAACAAUUGAUUACAUCAAAGAAAUGUCAACAACAAGAAGAAAACAUUCAAGAUAUUAAUGAAAUAAAUCAAUCAAAAACACAAAAUAAUUUAUUAAAUAGUCCUAUUCUAUCAAGAAAUAAUUCACCAUAUUCAUCACAAUUAUCACAACAUACAAUUUUACAUCCAUCACCUUUAAUAUCAACCAAUGAAGAAAUUAAUUUAACAGGAACAAUAACAAAUUCACAAACUAAUGCAUUAAAGCUUAUUGUAACUGAGAAUCUCAUUGAUGAUCCAUUGAAAAUACGUCCAAGUGCCACUUUAAUGAAAUCAGAUUAUUUAAAAUUGGAAAUUGCUAUCACUGCAUUAUUACCAUAUUUACCGAAAUUUCAAAUUAGAAAAUCUAACAAUUCACGAAAUACAAAUGAACAAGAAAUACAAGAGAUUUUAAAACUACCAGAAAACGAUCAAAAUCGUAUAAAUGGAUUAAGAAAACAUUCAUUGAUAUUUGGACGAACAGAUUCAGUUAAACGUUUAACUAGACCAUUGAGACAUUUUGAAAUAACAAUUAAUGAAAUAACAUUUCGUUUGGUACAACAAAUUCCUGAGUUGAUUACACAACGAGAACAUUUAUUUCAUAUUGCACGUCAAAUAGUCAAUACUAUGAAUUAUGGUUUAAGUGUAAAUCAAACUGGUCAGGUUACAUGGAAAAUGUUAAAGGAAGAGAUCUCGAAAAAAUCCAUAGCUGAUUACAAAUUAUCAAACUCAGAUGAUGAAUGUAUAUUUGAAGCGAAUGAAGCAGAUUAUUCAAAUGAGACAUUAAGCCAAAUACUUCUUCAAUUGAAAUUAGAAAUGCAAGAUGUUGUAAAUAAAGAAGUUAUUUUACGUACUAAAGUUCGUUGUUCUGGUAAAGAUUUACCAUCAACAAGACAAACAAGCAAUGUACGUGGAGAUUUGGAUAAACUUGUAAAUCAAUUGCAUAAAUGUAUCACUAGAACAGUUAAAUAUAUUAUUCUACUCAAAAGUGCUGAGAAUCGAGAAUCAGAAAGCAGUGAAUCACAUAUUCAUUGUUCAUCACCUAUUCAAAACAAUAUUGAUAGAGAUAAUACGAUAUCUGAUAAAUAA